CUUUCUCUUUUUUUUUUUGUGGAGAUGAGACAGGAGAGAUUAGAUUCUUUUUCAUCACAAGAACCUAUUUUGAAUCAUGGUUUUGAGAAUCAAUCACAUGAUAUAGAAAAAAUAGUAUCAAGGAAACAAGAUUAUCGCUUCGAUCGACUCUUUUUUAAACGUUUACAUAGACUUUUAAAAAUAUUAUUUGAUACCAAGGCAACAACUACUAGGAGGAAAAGCUUACUUUGGCUCUACAUUGUAUUUGUUGUGACUGCUAUUGGAUAUGAAGUUUUGGUUUACUAUGUAGGUCUGAUGCCAAGUCGAUUUUAUACAAUAUUGACAAGUCGAGAUGCUAUUGAAUUUUCGAAAUAUAUUUUGCCCUGCCUCAUACUUGUCUUUAGUACUGCUACCUGUAAAAGUUUACUGAAUUUUAUAGGCGGAUUAUUCAGUUUAAAAUCGAGAAAAAUAUUAACUCUUCAUGUUCAAGAUUGUUAUAUUAAAAAGAACUUUAUGUAUACACUAGUAAUGAAUCAUGAAGAAGAAAUAGAUCAUCCGGAUCAACGAAUUACACAAGAUAUUGACAAAUUUUCCGAAACAUUAGGGCAAAUUAUUACAAGUUUAAUUAUUACCCCUAUUUUAUUGAUUUAUUAUAUUUAUCAAUGCUGGAAGGUGACAGGCUUUUCAGGUCCUUUCAUUAUUUUUAUUUAUUUCUUAUUGGGAUCCGUAGUUAGUCGUCGUUUUAUUCAACCCAUUGUCAAUGCCGUCUUUUAUAAAGAAUUACAAGAAGGAUCCUUCCGUUCUUUUCAUGUUAGACUUUGUCAAUUUGUAGAAUCAAUUGCUUUUUGUGAAGGAGAAAAGAAUGAACACAAGUAUGCUUAUCGUAAUUUAAAUACGUUAUUAGCAUAUCAACGUACAAUCGUUAAUAAGGAGCUUCCAUUAAAGAUGGUGAAUGAAAGCUUCUCGUAUUUUGGCUCUGUUCUUAAUUAUUUGAUCAUUGCUAUACCUAUUUUUACUGGUGCGUUAGAUGGGAAAGACGCAACUGAACUAAGCUCCAUUAUAAGUGCGAACUCCUUUGUUGCAAUGUAUUUGAUCUUCUUAUUCUCGACUAUUAUUGAACAAUCUAGUAAAUUAUCUGAUUUAGCUGGUUAUACAGCCCGUAUAGGAGAAUUACUAGAAAUGUUGGAUCAAAUAUCAGAAGAAGUAAAAAAACUUGAUUAUGUGUAUUAUAAAGGUGAUUCUGAUACGAUGAUUGAAUUUGAACAUCUUACUUUAUUUACACCCCAACAUAAACGAUUGAUUGUUCGUGAUUUUAACUUGAAGAUUUAUGAAGGAGAGCAUGUUGCUAUUAUAGGGCCUAAUGGAUCGGGCAAGACAUCUAUUCUUAGAACUUUAGCUUGUAUAUGGCCAUGUCAAGAAGGAAAAAUUUCUAUUUCUUAUAAUCAUCAACAAAACCAUCUUGAUAGUAACAAUAUGAUGUUUUUACCUCAAUUACCUUAUUUUAUAGAUGGUUCAUUAAGAGAUCAAAUCUUGUAUCCUUAUAAUACUACAUUGCCUAAAAGUACAAAUAUAACAGAUGAAGACAUAGUUUAUUUACUCGAAAAAGUACAUUUAAAUCGUUUAUCUGGAUUGAUUCAAUCGUAUGAUACAGUUUAUAGUCAACAGGAAUGGAAUAAAAAACUUUUAUCACCUGGUGAACAACAACGUUUCAUGUUUGCUCGUCUGUUUUAUUGGAAGCCAAGAUUUGCAGUAUUGGAUGAAGCAACAAGUGCAAUGGAUAAAGAAAUGGCGAAUAACUUGUAUAAAACUUUAAUGUGUACAACUACUGUGAUUAGUGUGAGUCAUCGUCCUGAAAUUAUUGAUUUACAUCGUAUCCUGGUUCAUCUGGACGGAAAUGGCGGUUAUACAGUUGAAGAAAAAGAAAGAUUUUAUUAAAAAAAAUAAUAGAGUGAUUUGAUUAGAUGUCAUACAUAUUUGUAUAUGUAUACAUAUAU